GGAUAACAAGGAGACUGUGACCCUCCUGGCGAUCUGCCGAUAAAUGUAACCAAGGAACAGCUCCAGCUGAUUUGUAACGCUCUGCUGAAGCACGUAAGAACAAAUUCUAGUCGUUUGCAACUCCACCGACAGCACCGAAAGAGCAGGCGGGCAACCACGAACCGGAUGUCUUGGAUGCUGAAGGAAAUUGCGGAACAGUAACAUCGCGGCCACAGCGGUAAGAUGGAUAACGACGAAGAAACUCUUUGCCGAUACGGUACGGCACUCCCGGCGUUCGAAGAAGAUGCCGUACCGAGCAAAAAACCCAUCACGGUGGAGGACCAAAUUGUGCUGGACAGCAACGGCAAGCGGCGGUUUCACGGAGCAUUCACCGGAGGGUUUUCGGCCGGCUACUGGAACACUGUCGGCUCAGAGGAAGGAUGGAAACCAUCGGAAUUCAAAAGUUCAAGGCACGAGAAGGCUCAAUCGAAGCAGCAAAAUCCCAUGGAUUUCAUGGAUGAAGAAGAUCUGGGCGAAUUCGGUAUCGCCCCACAGCGCGUUCAAACUCGAGAUGAUUUUGCGCACUCUAGCGGCGGCGGUGCUGGGACAGCUGGCGUUUCUCAGAAGCGGCGACUUGAUGCCACGAUUCCAACAGGUCCGAUUCCGGGACAGCCUGUGCUACGGGCACUCCUGGAACCGGCGAAAGAGAAAACCGCUGUGCGGAUGCUGAAACAGAUGGGUUGGCGUGAAGGGCAAGGUAUUGGCGAGCGGCAAACACGCGGCGAAAAGAAACGUGCCAACGAACGCAAUACCAAGGAACAGUAUGUGAUGAAGAUGUACGGUUGUGAAUUACCGGGCCAUUCCGUGCAGCCCAGCGAAGACGCAGACACUUCAGGCAGUGAUGAUGGUUCCGACUACGAGGUAACGUUUGCACCAGAUGACUUUGAUCCCCUGGUAGCGGCGAUCAAGGACAACACCUUCGGCCUAGGCUAUAAUGGCUUGAACCGGGGCGCAGCGAAAGGAUUCAAUCUUUUCGACACUCUUGAAGUGGUGGAUCGGAACAACAAGAAACUUUCGAUUCGGGGACAAGCUUUUGGCAUCGGUGCACUCGAGGACGAUGAUGAUGUCGAUGUAUACGCUCGCGAUGAUAUGUCACGGUACGAUUUUUCGCUAGAUGAUCGACAGGCGAAAGGGAAACAGUUGGCUAUCCAGUCUGGCCAAGAACUGAAUGCCUUAGAAGGGUUUUGUACUGCUAGCAAGGAAAAGCGAGUCGCGAAGAAAGUGUUUCGUUCGACGAUGCCUGAAAACUUUCGCCCUCGCAACUGGCUGGAACGCAGAAGCCGAUUCGAUGUACUGGAUGAUGGUCGAGCCUCGAAGAUACAGCACGAAAAUGCACACAAGAUUCGGGGGCUCGGAAGACAUGAUUUGGAUCCAAGAAGGCGAGCCGAAAUACUUGGUGAAACAUCUAGCGCAAGCGCCCUGUCUGUAGCACCCCAUGAGAACAGUGGGAAGCCGCCAGUUGCCGAAGCCCAAUUGCCUACCGAGAAAGACAACAGCUCUCAGCCUACUACCAGCUCGGUGAUCCCCGCGGGUUUGGUAAAGGAAGCGAAAGUCUUGCAGCAACAGUACGUUGGUUCAACUAAGGAGGGCUUCAAACCGUUUAUUGCUAUUCCCGACAAACAGGAGCGCUACGAACGUUUCCUAGCAUUUCAGCCAACGGAGCGCUACCUCACUCGGGAACAGUUCCUUGAGUCACUGCAACCAUUGAGCCUGUCGGCAUGGGAACGAGAGCGCGAGCUCAAAGAAUUUAUACAAGCUGAACGAAUGUACCGACCCCUGGCAGGACUCAUGUCGGACCGUUUUGUGACUGCCUCAACGUUGAUAGCAGAAAACACGAUCACCGAUACCGGAGAUGCCGUACCAUCGGAGAUCAAAAUGCAGCGAACACGAACGAUGUGGAAACCCCACAAGGAUAUCUGUAAGCGUUUCAACGUGCCCGAACCAUUCGGUGGCAUGAUGGUCGACGAAGAGAAUGUGGAAGAGAAACGACGCAAAGAAAAGGCCAAAUUCUCUGUGUUUGACUAUCUGGAGGCCCCGGUUACAAAUCGUCGGGACUUUGUGACUCCGGUCGUGAUACCGGCAGCACGUGUCGCUGAAGAACGGCGCAUUGAUUCGAACUCUCGCGUUCAAUCUUUGUCCACCCCAAAGCCGUCCGUAGCAAUCGCAAAAGGCCAACGCGUCUCAUCGGUAGACUUUUUUAAAGACGCAACUGAACCCGAAACCCCAGCGGAUCCAGUCUCAGUGCCACCGAAAAAAAUAGAAAAAAAGAGAAGCGAGCUAGAAGAGCAGGUACUGGCAGCGGCUAAUAAAAAACCCGAGGAAAAGCGGGACUUGUUCAAGUCAAUAUUUUGCAGCAGCAGUGGCGAUGAGGAAGAGCAGGAUGACGGACGCAAGGAAGUGCCGGUGAAAGAUAAGCAACCAGCUGCCCUGACCGAUGAGGAAAAGCUGAAACUGGUGGACAGUUUUGUAGCGAUAAAGCCGGCCAGCCAAGUUAACAUACUACGUAACGAUUCUCCUCCUCGAGGAAUCUUCAAAAGUUUAUUCGAAAAUCGGACGGCACUGGCAACUGCUGGCUCUGCAGAAGCCAGUACUAGUGUCGACGAGAAAGCAGAACUAACUGCAGAUUCUUCACCGUCUAGCAGUGAAUCAGACGAAGAUGAUGAGCAGUACUACGGACCCAAGCUUCCACAAGCGAGCGGCGGGGUAGUACGCACGGAUAGCAAAGCUACAGCCAACGAGCGAUUGCAGCCUCUUGUAGAUAUCGUCAAGGUAGGUACGGAAGAGUGGGUUGAAAAGGGUGAAGAUAAAAAAGGAAAGAAAAAGAAAAAACAUCGCGAUCAUCAUAGCAAGAGUCGAUCGAAGAGUAGCAAACAUAAAAAGAACAAAAAGAAACACAGUAAAAAACAUAGUAAAACUACCAAAAACUAAGUCAAAACGAAACGAAAAAUAAAUUAAAAACAUCAAUUCUGGUGCUUCUUUCUCUCGGUAUCGUUACAGCAUGAGAAAAUGUCACUCCUUACUUCUUU